AUGUCAGAUACUCUCUCUGAUGCGGAUAAGGUCAGUGCUGUACUGAUUGAUGCUCUUGUCAAAAUCCGCAACAAGCGCCUCGCAAAGCUUGGAAACCCAUCAUCCUCAGAAAAUGCGGCAGCCCCAGAGACAGCUUCUACCCAGCCUUCUACACCUUCGCUGACCAGUCCUACUCCUCAACAAACAUCCGACGCUCCGCAGCCACAGAUCAAUAUCAGCAGCGCACCGCGCUCCCAAACUUCUUCGCCUCGGCCGGAGUUGCAAGAAUCAGAAGGCAAGCGAAUAAAGAUAACACCGUCCGUCCCUGCCAGUCCUGCACCGGAGUCGUUAUCUGCUACCCCAGUAUCGAACACCCCUCCGCCACCGAAGGCAGAAGAGAGUAUUGAAUCCUUUGAGGAUCGCACACUAAGCGCCGUCUUCAAGCUUAGCUUGAGGGAAGACCGACAGCGGGACAUCCAUGGGCACAAGUUGAUCUAUUUGCCUGGGUUACGGAGCGAACUCGAGGACCAGGGUCGCGAACCUCGCAUCGACACUACUGUGCUGGACCAGGCCCUCCUUGAAGCCGCCUCGAAUACCCAGCAGAAGCCUUUGGACUACCUAUUGCCAUGCUGGAGCCGGAUCUCAAGGCUGCACAAGGGUUUUCGCCGUGUGCGCGAGGAUGACCCGAAGUUCGGCGUCAUCAGUGAGGCCCGGCGCCUGUGCAUGAGCUAUUGCAUCUUCGCGAUCACGAUGCCGGAGAUGUUCGGGCUCGAGCCAUCCGAGCGGUCGCCGCUCAAGCCAUAUCUUCUUCUGGAUCCCGAAGAUGAUAGGGGAGUAGAUCUUGAGUUCUUGGGCGAAGCUGUGAGGAGAUUUGAGGAAGACGAAAGCAUCAAGCCGGCUUUGAUCGCCGCCGUAGAGGAGAUGAGCCGUGACCUUGCUGCGAUGACUAUUAAUGAUGACUACAAGUCUUAUCUAAUAGCUCUGCGAAACCUGGUUGGUAAUCCUGUCAUUGCCGCUGCUAUUACGGAGUCUUCUUUUUUCAACGAGUCUCGUGAUCCAGCAUUGUUUGAGAAGGAGACGCUUCUGGGUCCCUGGUUCCGCUUGUCACCUCUCCAGGGCAAUAUUACCAUGACCUAUUUCUCGAGUCCCAAGACUCGAGAUCAGUCAUAUAUCUUAAAUGCGCAAAGAUCCAUGAGAAUGAUACAGCAGAUGCUCAGCUCAGAUCUGUUUGAUGUCGUCAACCAUAUUAUUCGCGCCAAUAAGGAGGCAAGGGACAGAGUCCUGGACUGGUUCGCUGCCGCUUUAAACAUCAACCACAAACGAAGAGCAAUGCAGGUGGAUCCUACUACUGUAGCUUCGGACGGUUUCAUGUUCAAUCUCACAACAUGUCUUGACAAGCUUUGUGAACCUUUCAUGGACGCAACCUUCACCAAGAUUGACAGGAUCGAUGCGGGAUAUCUGCACCGGAACCCACGCGUUGAUAUGAGAGAUGAAACCAAGAUCAAUGCCGAUCAGCAUGCGUCUGACGCGUUUUACUCAAAGAAAGAAGAAGGGACUUCUAACUUCAUCACUGAAAUCUUCUUUUUGACUGUUGCUGCUCAUCACUAUGGUAGUGAGUCCCUGACGUCAAAGCUGGACCAGCUUGAGAAGGAUCUUCGGCACAUGGAGGGUACGAUCAGGAGGUUCGAGCUGGAGCGACCCAGAUGGAUCAGCAACCCAGUGCAGCUUAGGGUAUUUGAACAGGCUCUGAAGAAAUACAAGGACAAGCUGGAUUUGGGUCUCGCCCUUAAAUACAGUCUGCAAGGCGUUUUGUUCGACGAUCAAUGGCAGGCACGUUCCAUGCUGUUCAUGAGAUAUGUCGUCGUUUGGCUGCUCAGGCUUGUGUCCGGCGUCAAUUUUCCAAAGGAACCGAUUAAGUUGCCUCUUCCGGAGCAGCAGCCGGAGGUCUUCAAGUGUCUUCCCGAAUACUUUGUUGAUGACAUUGUCAGCAACUUCAAAUUCAUCAUGUGGUGCAUGCCCCAAAUCAUCACCGCGACACAGGGAGACGAACUGGUUAUGCUCUGUAUCACUUUUCUGGAGAGCUCUGACUACAUCAAGAACCCUUACCUGAAAGCGGGUCUUGUUUCGAUCCUGUUUCGGGGGACAUGGCCUCGCCCUGGUGGCGCCCGCGGUGUUCUGGUCGAUCUUUUGAACUCCUUCCCUUUUGCUAAUGAAUACCUGCUGCAUGCCGUCAUGAAGUUCUAUAUUGAAGCAGAGCACACGGGGACGCACACGCAGUUCUUUGACAAGUUCAACAUUCGCUACGAAAUCUUCCAGAUUAUCAAAUGUAUCUGGCCAAACACUCUGUAUCGGAACAAGCUCUACAACCAGUCCAAGCAAAAUCUGGACUUUUUCGUUCGCUUUGUGAACUUGCUUCUAAACGACGUGACUUACGUGCUUGAUGAAUCCUUUGGCGCAUUCAUCACGAUUCAUGAUACCCAGGUCGAGCUCAGUCGAAAUGGGAACAACAUGGAUCCUCAGGAGCGUCAGCAAAAAGAGGAGCAUCUUGCUUCUGCACAACGGAACGCCAAAUCCUACAUGCAGUUAACAAACGAGACGGUUGCCAUGCUCAAGUUAUUUACGGAAGCGUUGGCAGACUCAUUCACCAUGCCUGAAAUUGUCCAGAGGUUGGCAGACAUGCUUGAUUACAACCUGGAUGCCAUGGUUGGCCCGAAGAGCUCGAGCUUACGAGUGGACAAUCUGCAAGAGUACGGUUUCAACCCGCGAGCUUUGCUGAGUGAGAUCGUCGAUGUGUAUCUCAACCUGAUGACUAAGGAGAAUUUCAUCCUCGCCGUCGCAAGGGACGGACGGUCCUACAAGCCGGCCAAUUUUCAGAAGGCCGGGGAUAUCCUCCGAAAAUGGUCGCUGAAAUCUCCGGAGGAGCUCCAACAAUGGGAACAGCUGCAGGCGAAGGUCAGGGCGGCCAAGGAGGCUGACGAGCAAGCCGAGGAGGAUCUGGGCGAAAUUCCCGAUGAAUUCUUGGAUCCCCUGAUGUAUACUUUGAUGGAAGAUCCGGUUAUCCUCCCUGGAUCCAGGGUAUCCAUGGAUCGUUCUACUCUUCGGUCUCACCUUCUGAGUGACCCACAUGAUCCGUUCAACAGAGCUCCACUCAAGAUGGAGGAUGUAAUCGCUGAUACGGAGCUCAAGGCCAAGAUUGAAGCAUUUAAGGCGGAGAGACUAGCGGCUCGACGACAGCAUUUAAUGCAGACUGCGAACAUGGGCUCCGCAUAUUCGUCGUUCCAGGGGUCUCUUCCCCCUUUGAGGGACUUCAUCCUUCCCACUCCUCAGGCCUACACAACCCUACUCAACAUUUUCCAAUACUUUCCAGUGUUCUCGCUCGCGCAAUGGGUUGUCUCCUGGCACCCUGCAGGCAAAGGCUCCUACCAGAGCUCCUGGCUGAACAUCCCAGGCAAACUUGGCUGGUUCAUCAUGGAGAUCGUGGGACCGGUGAAUCUGCUCUAUAUCCUUUACAAAUUGCCGCCAACGCUCAGCAUUAGCUCGCUACCGCUAUCUAACAAGCUCGUUGCGUCCCUCUAUGUAAUCCACUAUGUCAACCGCGCCAUCAUCUCGCCAUUCUUCGCGGCCCCCAGCAUGUCUCCMAUGCACGCGACCGUCGUCAUAAUGGCGGUGCUGUUCAACUGGCUCAAUUCGUCGUGUCUGGCCGGUUGGCUGGUGGGAUACCACGUCCCGGUACUGGGGUACAAGACAGACGGCAUCAUCUCGGGCACUCCAGGAGGGUCGUCGCAGUACUCCCCCGCAACGCACUUCCUGCCCUGCCUGGGGAUGGUCCUCUUCGCAGCUGGCAUGAUAGGCAACAUCCACUCGGAGCGCACGCUCUUCCGUCUCCGCCGCGAAGCAGCCGAGAAGCGCGACGCGGCCAAGAAGUCCGACGAGGCUAUCACCCAGAAUGAAGACGAGGACCACCCGACCUUCAUCCAGGCAUCGUCCUCGUCCUCGUCCACUGACGCAAAGGCCAACGCCAGCGCCAACAACAAGAAGAAGAAUAAGUAUGACAAGGUCUACGUCAUCCCACCCGCCCGCGGCGUCUUCCGCUCCAUCCUCUACCCGCAUUACGCCUUCGAGUGGCUCGAGUGGCUCGGCUUCGCUCUCGUCGGCACUGCCGUCUUCCCCACCCGCCAGGCACUUGUCACGGGCGCCUAUGCCUCGACGCCCUUGCAGAUCGCUCCGUGGCUGAGGCCCGCUGCGGCGUUCGCGGAGAAACUACAGGUUCCCCUGCCUUUUCCGGCGGUCGUGUUUGUUGUUAAUGCGGUGGCUAAUAUGCUGCCUCAUGCGCGCUGGGGGAGGAAGUGGUAUGUAGAGAAGUUUGGGGAGAAGGCGGUAGCGGGACGCGGAGCCGCUGUUCCAUGGUGUCCGUGGCUGUGA